UCCAUUCAUCUCUCAUCUAAGGGGUCCUUGCCCCGAAAUACGUUGAAGACCCCUGCUUUAAACUAUCCUGAAGACAUUAUAACAAUAUAAUAUUAUUUAUAAAAAUUCAAUACACAUUAAUUAUGCAUUCAAACAGAAAACUGUUAAAUAUCAAUUAAUACUAAUAUUAAUAUGGUAAAGUAUAAUACCAUUUUUAAUUUAGCUAAAAAACAACUCUACUGCACUCUCUUUCUUACUCUCUCGCUCCCCUUUCUAUAGUCUUUUGUUACGUAAUCAGGAAGUUGUUUACACAUGGUCGGCCCAAUACCCCCCUAUUCGAACAGCGUCCCAACUCGCUCACUCUCUGACUGCUAACUACAAAGAAAACAAACCUGUUUGUCUGCCUCUUACCUACCCGGAAACUGAUCAAAGAAAACGAGAGAGAAUAUCUGCAAGUCUGCAGUUCCUGUCCUUAACCAACGUAGUGUGAGUGCUUCUUCAAAAUUUAGGACACAAGAGAUACAAUCACACCGAGUGACAGAAAACAUAUGGAAGGGAGAGAUAAUGGCUGAGAAAGAGCACUGAGUGUCAGAAUGAGUUGAGAGAUCGUGGGACCGGGCUGUUGGUAUUUCAAGUACUUUCAAACUUUCUAUGUGAUGUUACUGCAUGUUCCCUUCAUAUCAUAUUUGUAAUGGACAACGCAAAAUAUGUUUUUUAUUACAAGAUAACUUUUUUUGAGAUACACAUUUUUUGAAGACACAUGGAACCAAGCUACGUAAUUAUUGUAAAGGGUUGCUUUUGUGUUUGGAUUAGCAUACUUUUUCUUUUCUUGUUCUGCAUGUUGAAGAAUGUAUCGCAACGCUCUGCAACUUGUGGAACGUAUCAGAGUAACAAUGGGGACAAAAGUUUGGCAUCGAUUUAUAGCAGCUGAUCUUACCUGUGGACCUUAACAUUGACUAAACAAGAUUUUUCGACAGGUAAUUGCUUCAAAGUGCUUUCAUCAAUUCAUGGCAUCUCUGAUAAAAACGGAUAUCUAGUCAUUCAUGUAUUCAAGCGCAUAAGAAGACAUCAGCAUGACCAACACUUCUGUAAAUGUGUGAAGGAAAUGAGUGACAUCAAUACCAUCUAAAAGGACCGUUGAUUCAGGCGCAUGUCUGCGCAUUAAGGGGAGCAGAAAACACUCCACGUGUGACCCACUGGAUACAUGAGGCCUGUUUACACACUGACUGAGCUUCAAUGAUGGCAAUGGCUAGAAAUUCAGGGGCCGUAAGCCGAACCUUAAUUCCUGAAUCUUCUCACUCUAUGUCCCAGUGCCCAACCAGCGCUGACCGUAAACUCUUGAAUAAAGCUAUCAAGAGACUGGACAAACUGCAUAAACUCUCCACUGACCCGAGGCUGGGUCUUAAAAAUAGCCCACCGUACCUCCCUGAGCUUAUGUCGGAGACCGCAAGCCUCCUAAUAGAAAUAUGGGCUCCCUACAGGGGAACCGUGAUGGCCGUGCCACGAGGGGACGAGGGCGAAUAUCUGAGGAUCCAUAUUAAACACUUGGUGGACAAGGCGGAGAGAGCUUUGCUACUGUUUAAGAAUGCAAGAGAGAAGAUGUUUGAAGAUUCUUCGAGCUUCAGGAGAAACCUUACUAAGCUGUCACUCCUGUUCAGCCACAUGUUGUUUGAGCUGCGAUCAAUGUUUCCUGGAGGGCGUUUUCAGGGUGAUACCUUUAGAGUUACCAAGACAGAGGCGAAAGAUUUCUGGAGGAAGGCCUUUGGACACAAGUGUAUAGUGGAAUGGAAUGUUUUUAAACUGCAUCUUAAAAGGGUUCACUACUUUGAAGAGGGGAUGGAGGCUAUGGCUUUGAAGUCCACAGUUGAUCUCACUUGUAACGAUCACAUAUCGGUUUUUGAGUUUGAUAUUUUCACCAGGCUUUUUCAGCCCUGGUCAACUUUGAUAAGGAACUGGAAUCACCUAGCAGUAACUCAUCCUGGAUACAUGGCAUUUCUCACAUACGACCAAGUCAAGGCUCGACUAGAGCACUACAGACAUCGUCCUGGCAGCUACAUCUUUCGUCUCAGUUGCACACAAAUGGGUCAGUGGGCGAUAGGUCACGUGACCAAUGAUGGCAACAUUCUGCAAACCAUUCCUCAGAACACACCUUUGUUUCAAGCACUCAUCAAAGGGUUCAGGGAAGGCUGCUACUUAUACCCUGAUGGGCGUGAUGUGAACCCUGACCUUACCAGCCUGUGCAGUCCAACUCAAAAGAGUCGAGUCAAUGUAACAGAGGAACAGUACGAGUUAUACUGCGAGAUUGGCAGCACCUUUCAGCUAUGCAAAAUCUGCACAGAACGAGACAAAGACACGCGCAUUCAGCCCUGUGGACAUCUGCUUUGCCAGCCCUGCCUGACUGGAUGGCAGAAGUCUGACGGACACUCAUGCCCCUACUGCCGCUGUGACAUCAGAGGCACGGAGUCUAUCCUCAUUGAGCCCUACCUGCCAGCGAGAGACAGAAGCGAGGGAUCAAGGGAGGAGGAGGAGGAGGAAGAGGAGGAAGAGGAGGAUCAUGAGGACGUAGAGCUGGUGAUGAAAAAACUGGCUUGCAUGAAAAAGAUAUCACAGGAAGAGUACAAAGUUCCCGGCGCCAGCCUUUCACCUCCUCCUCUACCUCCAAAACAGUGUGUAUCACCCAGUCCAUCUCCCAAACCACGCUCUAAAUCUUUGGACAUGGGCACUCAGAACAUGGCCCUGUCCAGCUUGAAAGUCAAACACAGUUUCCAGCCAAUUCAAACCAGUGCAGACAGAAGUGAGGACUUCUCUGGAGAAACCUCGUCUUUAACGUCGAGGACACAUAGUGGGGUGACCUGGGAAGGACCCUCAGAAAGUGUUAAAAAGAGGAAGUACGAGAAAAGAAGGGAUAAUUAUAAAGAUGCUGAGAGCAGAGCGGAGGAUUCAACAUCUGUUUCACCAACAAACCUGAAAGUGACUCUUCAUCGUGACAUCAGAUAUAGUCUUUUAUAGUGUAAAAUAGGCAUAAUAUCGGCAAUUGUCUAAAAUAGGAACUUUGGACUGUAAAAAAAGAGUUAACUGAUUCAAUAAUCACCAAAUUCAGAACAAAUCUAGCCUGUAUGUUCACAGUUGAGCUUCUCAUAUUGGCAAAUCUGCUCUUACUGACUCAAUUACAUCAAUUUUACAAUUUUUACAUUGUAACAUCUUUUAUAUUCUACCUCAUGUAUACUAUUUUAUUAAGAAAAGCUGCACAUUAGUUAUAUUUUUCUUUUAAAUCUUUUUAGACAAAUUGUGGUCUCUGGGUGUGCCCUUUAUGUUAUUGCAAGGCUUUGUGUAAUUUUUUUUAAUCAAAAUCCUUGGGAGAUUUAUGUUUACAAUAUAAAAUAGAGACAUUUUCAGAUAAGAGAUGUGACAGCAUUCUGUGUGAAAACAUGAUCUGCUUAUGCUCACUGAAUAUUUACUGAUACUGAAUAAAUUUAAACUUUAAUGGGGUGACAUCAGGGAUUUCAUUAUAUUGAAUUGAAGUAAGAAAAUAUGUGGUUGAAUACCUGUAAUAUCUUGCAUUUUGCAUUUAUGAAUUUGACAGAUGCUUUUAUUCGAAGCAACUUAUAAUGCAUUCAGGAUAUAACAUGUACAUUUUAUAACUAUGUGUGUUCGCUGGGAAUCAACCCACAAUCUUAUGUGUUACCAAUGGCUGGAAUACACUUGCAGACUUUCAAAUCUGAACAGAUUUUUUUUUAAAUAUACAUCAUACACUUGCAGACUUUUUUAAAGUUUCAGAUUGAAACACACUAACUGAUCAAAUCUGUAGACUGACACAGACUUUCUGCAACAAGUCCAGACUGAAAUCUGGCCAAUUUUUUUUUUUUACUUUCAUAUAUUUUUAAGCACUUUGUAGCAAUAGGUUUUUGCCUCAGUUCUGUGUUUGCUUUUUUGGUAUCCACAGGAUUCUCAAUAAAGUAGUUUAUCUGGACCAAAGUGCAUUCGCUUUAAAAGCUAUCAGCAAUAUUGUUAAGGGUGUACACUGGAAAAAGAUAUGAAGAAUCUGUGCUCCUUAGCCUAUAUUACAUGUUCCUUGUAUGUUGAAUUUCAACCCGUUCCACUUAAUCUGUGUGGUUUACCUAAUUGCAUUUAAAUGUGUUAGUUAAACACUUUUUUAGGUGACAAAUAUUGUGUCUUAAAAUAAAGUCUAAAGCCUAAAACUACUGCGGAGCAAUCUGUCUAUGAAGCCUAAUAUUUGUUUGUA